AUGCAUUUUUCAACUAUCGUUCGGGGGACUGCAGUCCUGGCUGCGCUGUCUGGUACAGCUGCAGGAAUUGUCACAUCGUCAUUCAAGCGCGAUCUGAAGCUUUCCGCUGAGCUGGGGGUCUAUCCGGAUAUCCUACUCAGUCAGAAGACCUCGGUGUAUGCUGUUUCAAAUGCCCAGCUUGAUGUGGUUGUUGAGGCAGAAUAUGUUUCGCUCCCGAUUGAUCACAGUAACUCUUCGGUUGGUGAUUACCAGAACCGCUAUUGGGUAUCCGAAGAGCAUUACCAGGCAGGAGGACCGGUCUUCAUAUAUGAUGUUGGUGAAGGAAAUGCCGAAUCCUCGGCUCAAACCUUUCUGGGCAAUUCGACCACGUUCUUCUAUCAGUUGGUCAGGGAUUUCGGUGGAAUCGGUAUUGUCUGGGAACACCGAUACUAUGGGGAUUCUCUUCCCUACAACGUCAGCCGGAACAUGAGGCCUGAGCAUCUCCAGUACCUCAACAAUAAACAGGCUCUUGCAGACAUCCCAUUCUUUGCCGCCAACUUCACUCGCGAAAAUUACAGCGAUGUGAACCUAACUCCAAGCGCAACACCAUGGGUCAUGGUUGGAGGCUCGUACUCUGGCAUGCGAGCUGCGUUCACCCGUCAUUUGUACCCCGAUACAAUUUAUGCUUCCUACGCUUCCUCCGCGCCCGUGGAAGCGCGGAUCGACAUGAGCGUCUAUUUCGACCAGGUGUAUGACGGCAUGGUCGCAUAUGGACACUCUAACUGCACCAGCGACAUCAAGGCUGCACUUGAAUACAUCGACGAGGAACUAUCGAAGAGCAAAUCGUCCGCGGCGGCCAUCAAGCGAAAAUUCUUCGGUGAAGGCGCCGAAAAAAACAGCAACGGCGAUUUCACCGCCGCGCUCACGAUCAUCUACUACUAUUACCAGUCUUAUGGCAUGGAAGGUGGUUUGGGCAGUCUGGGGUCAUUCUGCGAGCACAUGGAGACCGACCCGAAGACUAGCGCAGCGGCGCCCCCGCAUGGAUUCGCUCCCAGCCGGGGGAAGAAGUACGCCGCGGAGCGAUAUGCGUCAUGGCCGCCUUUCACGCAGUUGGUCAACAUGAAUUUGAAUACCAACUGCAGGAAGCUUGAAGCCAGCGAUCCGCUCGUAUGCGAUCUUGGCGCACCAUCCACCGACCCAGACACCAUCAGCUGGACAUGGCAGUACUGCACCGAAUGGGGAUUCUUCCAGACCGACAACUUCGGGCCUCACUCGUUGCUGUCCAGAUACCAGACCCUCGAUUAUGCGCAGGAAUACUGCGAACGAUCAUUCCCGGAGGCUGUCAAAAAGGGUCUGUUCCCUAAACACCCGCAGGUCGACGCUAUCAACACGGAAACUGGCGGAUGGACCAUUCGUCCGUCCAACGUUUACUGGAGCGGCGGCCAGUUUGAUCCGUGGCGCACUUUGUCGCCCCUCGCGGCCGGCACUCGGUUAGCCCCGCAAGGAGUGUCUCUCACGACCGAAAUCCCCAAGUGCAAUGUUGAGACGGCGGAAAAUACGGUCUUUGGUUACAUCAUGCAGAAUGCGGAACACUGCUUUGAUUUCCGCACGACAUUUGUGCCAGGGGCGAUUUCCCGAGGAUACUUCCGCACGGCGUUGAAAGAAUGGCUCGGAUGCUUCUAG